CAUGAUGUGAUUGUGGGAAUGGACGGACAAGAGCUCAAUGGUCGCAGCAUCACUGUGAACAAGGCUCAGUUACGAGGAAGUGGUGGCGGAGGCGGUUGUGGCGGAGUUGGUGGAGUUGGUGGAGGUUGUGGCGGCAGACGCGAAGGAGGAUACAGCGGCAGUAGUGGCGGUUACUCAAGAGGAGGUGGUGGUGGCGGCAGACGCGAAGGAGGAUACAGCAGCAGUGGUGGCGGUCACUCAAGAGGAGGUGGUUGUGGCUAUGGAGGUCGUGGCGGUUACUCAUGAGAAGGUGGUGGUGGUGGCAGGCGCGAAGGAGGAUACAGCGAGGGUGGAGGUUACGAAGGAAGCAGAGGUGGAGGAUGGUUAUUCCUUACUAGACUGGGGAUAAUAAAUGUUUUGGUUCUGCUUCAUCUGAGUUCUAUGUGCUAACUUUGGUUCUACUUUUGCUACUUUGGAUGUAACAGGUUGUGUGAUUUAAUUUGGUAUCUUGAAACGUAAUGGUAAGUCACUUUUCCUUCUCUAAAUAACAAUAUUCGUCGCGAGAUUUAUUUGUGGUCUGAUUCGUUUUAUCAACUAAUUACAAGAUU